AUCCCAUGUCACCUGCUUGGCGCACCCGGGUUCGACUUUCUCUGCUUGGUGGUCAGAGGCUAAUUCGAGCACUGUCACCCAACGCCACCCGCUCGGCCAUUUCCUUUGAUGCCCGAGGAGCAUGUAUAACGCACGAAAUCUGAUCGCUCAGACCCGCGUGGUUGAUAUCAUGAUCGCGGGGUCGAGGUAUGUACGAGCAGGGGAAGCACCUGCCCUGCAAUCCCCUCUCUAUCUUUCCCUCCUCCAAACAUGACGCAGCCGCCUCUGGACGCGUCUCUCAACCUCAGCCAGAUACUUGAUCUCCACGUCGAGCCCCCGCGGCUCACCACGGCAUACGCGCUCGCCGAUGGGAAAGGCGGGAUCACGAGCGUCAGCCACUACGAGUUCGUGCGCGCGGCGCAUCGAGCUGCGCACAUACUUCGCCCUGGGCGUGAAGGGCAGCAGGAUGGUCAGGUCGUCGCGAUCAUCGCGAACGCCGACGUCCUGAUAUAUCAGACGCUGGUCGCGGGGUGCAUCAAGGCAGGACUCGUCCCCUUCCCAAUCUCGCCUCGCAACUCCCCUGCCGCGAUCGUGCACCUGCUGAAGUGCACCGACUCGCACCGACUGCUGACGACGCGCCAGUCAUUGGGCCAACUCGCAGACGGUCUAACGGCUUCGCUCAGCCAGGAAACUCCAGUAUAUGAGCUUUCGGUUGAAGAGAUUCCUCUGCUCGGACAGUUGUAUCCACAUCUGGGCGCUGAAGGCCCUGGUGACGACCCGUCGCCGCUCUACCCUUCCCCGGAGAGACCUGUUCCUGUCGACGAUGUUGCGCUGUACCUUCACUCGAGUGGGAGCACUGGAUUCCCCAAAGCCAUUCCCGAGAGUCACCGAACUCUGAUCUACUUCGCCGGGCUAGAAUGCCUGUCUGAAGUCGUGGAAGUCUCGCCCCGCUUCGCCUCCGGCGCAGUGCCCGCGUUUCACACCAUCGGAAUCAUGACGCAGCUGAUCCAGCCGAUGCUGAACUGUGGCACGGUGUGCUUGUAUGCGCUGGCGUCGACGGCGACCGAAUACCGGGCCCCGCCCGCGCUGACGCCGCAGAACGCGCUGGACCACGCGAUCCUGACGAAGGCGGACGGCAUCAUGGCCGUCCCCGCCGUCCUCCUCAUGUGGCAGUCGCCCGCGCACCUAGCGUAUCUCAAGACAUUGAAGCUUGUGUGCUACUCGGGCGGCCCGCUUGUGACGCCCAUUGGAAACGCGAUGGCCAGUCUCGGGAUCAACAUCGUUUCCGUUUACGGUGGCACGGAAUUUGGUGCUGCGACAAAGAUCAAGCGUGUCGUAGGUGACCUGAGCGAGUGGGACUGGCUUGAAUUCAGCGAUCGCGUCGACAUCCGCUGGGCUCCGCAGGGGGACAACGUCUUCGAGUGCCAGUUUCUCAGUUGCGCCACACAUCAAGGUGCCAUUGAGAACCUGCCCGACGUCAAGGGCUACGCAACCAAGGAUUUGUAUGAAAAGCAUCCGUCAAAGAACUUGUACAAGCUGAUUGGUCGUUUGGAUGAUGUCAUCACUAUGGCCAACGGAGAAAAGACAGUGCCGGGUCCAAUGGAGGACGUGAUGAUCGCGGAUCCGAAUAUAACCGGUGCUGUUAUGUUCGGACGCGAGCGGAAUCAAGUGGGAGUGCUUAUUGAGCCUGCUCCUCAGCACAAGAUAGAUCCGCGGGAUGAAACACAGCUAGCAGAGUUCAGAAAUCUCAUCUGGGACACGAUCCAAGAGGCAAAUGAGAACGCCCCUGCCUUUGCACGCUUGUACAAGGAGAUGGUCUUGGUCACUUAUCCCGAUAAGCCUCUUGUCCGCGCUCCGAAGGGGACGAUCAUCAAGAAAGCCGCGCUGGCAGUGUAUGAACAAGAGAUCGACACAUUAUAUGAUACGGUCGAGAACAGCACCACCAUCGUUGAUCCUCCCGCAUCCUGGACACCUAGCGACGUCGAAAAAUGGCUUUUGAAGCAGGCGGGAACUUUAACGGACAAGGAAAUCCUACCUGGGAAAGACAUAUUCGACCAAGGCUUUGACAGUCUCAACGCCACAUUUUUGCGCCACCGCAUCGUCGGUUCUUUGAAGGCGUCGGCAGAGCCAGGCGUCAAGGCAGCAGCAUCGAGUGUGACGCAAGACUUCGUUUAUGCGUACCCGACGAUUGAAGCUUUGGCCAACGCUGUCUUGACCCUCGUGGCUGGCAGUGCAGUGACGUCGUCAUCGACUACGAAAGCUGAUAUCGAGGCUGUAAUCCAGCGGCACACCGAGAAGUUUUCGGAGAUACCUGAACGAACAAAGACGGCACCAGCUGGCGGAGAUGUCUUGCUGAUCACUGGAUCUACUGGCGGUCUUGGCUCACAUAUCCUCGAGACUGCGCUGGCCAACAGCACAGUUCGUCGAGUCUUCGCGUUGAACCGGAAAGGUGCGGUCUCCUCCGCAGACCGACAGAAGGCCAUGUUUGUUGACCGCGGCCUGGACGUCGAGUUGUUGCGAUCAGAGAAGCUGGUCUUCCUGGAAGGCGACGCAUCUCAGCCGUCGCUGGGUCUCUCUCAAGACGUCUUCAGUUUACUGUCGGAAGCUGUGAGCGUGAUUAUCCACUGCGCUUGGUCGCUGGACUUCAACAAAACCCUUCCUUCAUUCGAGUCUCACAUCCAAGCGACACACAAUCUUAUCGAUCUGGCUCGAGGUUCUACAAACAAGACGAAUGUGCGAUUCCUGCUAACGUCGUCCGUCGCCUCUGCCCAAGGCUGGAACAAGAGCCUGGGCCCAUUCCCCGAAGAAGUCCAAGUCGAUGCCGGCGUUGCCCUCGGCGGUGGAUAUGGCGAAGGGAAAUACGUGUCCGAGCGUAUCCUGUUUGCAUCGGGACUCGAAGCUACGUCAUUCCGAAUUGGACAGGUUUGCGGAUCGGCUCGCACUGGCGCAUGGUCCGUGUCCGAUUGGGUUCCCGCCCUAGCGAAAUCGAGCAUCGCGCUUGGUGCCUUCCCGUCCAUGGCGGACACCCAGAACGCGUGGAUCACUCCCGAGGCGGUUGCGAGCGCCGUGGUGCAAGUGGCGCUGGCGGAAUCGAAGCCGCCGUUUGCGAUGAACUUGGUCAGCCCACGGCCCGUCGCAUGGGAUGAAAUCAUGGGAUGCAUGGCUGAGGUGGCUGAUCGGUCACUCAUUCCAUUCGCGGAAUGGGUCGUUAGAUUGGAGAAACGGGCUGCAGUGGCAUCGGCUGAAGACUUGCAGAAUAUCCCUGCUAUCAAGCUGUUCUCAUUCUUCAAGUCUGCUCAGACAUCUGUCUUGUUCUCAACUUCCAAAGCACAGGCAUUUAGCGCAACUAUCCGAUCUCUUCCCAAGCUGUCGGCAGAGGAUGUCAGGAAAUGGAUGUCCUAUUGGCGAGAGCGCAAGUUUAUAUGAUCGUCUGAUCAGUAGUACACUUAACACAUUGUAUGUAUGUAUCUUCAUGGACUUGAGCUGCCCCAUUUCUCGUCUUCGUCAUCAUCCGGGCCGCGGCCCAUCCAGGUAUAUCCACCGACGUCUGCAUUCAGCAGUUCCUCUACACCUUGCAUUCUACUCUCCACGUCCAUCUGAGACUCGUAGCGCAUCGGAAAUCUGAACGAAUUGUCUCUUAGCGCCUGGCUUUGACUUUGGCUCUGGCUCUGGCUCUGGCUGUUUGCAAGUCGUCCUAAUGGCUGUGUCGAUGCCCCCUGGGGAUUGAAUUCCGAGUACUGUGGCAUCUCCUGGCUCUCCUGCGAUCCCAGCGAGUUCGAGCCGUCAAUAGA